AUGGAGCUCUCUGCAUUAACGCUGAUGGUGCCGCGAUCCUCCAAGGCCUCGUCCCUCUUCGCGUUUUCAACCUCCGGAAAAAAACAAAACAAAAGCAGCAUUUUAAACCGGCCGUUGUGUGUAGAACGAGAUAAGACCAAACAAGCGCGCAGAGACGGCGUUUUGCGGACGGAGAACCUGGAGAGCCGCCGUCACGAGGUGUGGCCACGGAUAACGUUAUUAAGCCGUUGUUUGGGUUUAGACAAUGCCUGGCGCCGAGAAAGAUGCAACGGUGCAGACUGA